GCCCAGUCUUAUUCCCUCUUGCCGCUCCACCACCCGCUCUCGCCAUUUCCUCCCUUUUAUUUUUUAACCCCCUCCUCCCCAGCUAUAAGUCCCUCUGCCCCCGCCCCUCUCCCACCCAAUCCUAGACGUCGACCACACGCACACGCGUCUUCCGCAGAAGAAAGAACAAGGCCAUGGCGCCGAAACCGUUGGAGAAAACGAUGCAGCCGGCGGUCGCAGCGGCCGAGCUUGCGAUUAGCGUAGGCGGCGGGGCCGGCGGCCCGCACUACAGAGGCGUUAGGAAGCGGCCGUGGGGCCGGUACGCGGCCGAGAUCCGCGACCCGGCCAAGAAGAGCCGGGUGUGGCUCGGCACGUUCGACACGGCCGAGGAGGCCGCGCGGGCGUACGACGUCGCCGCGCGCGAGUUUCGCGGCGCCAAGGCCAAGACCAACUUCCCCUUCCCUUGUUCCAUGCCUCCAACGGCAACCGCCAACGGCGGCAGCCGGAGCAGCAACGAAAGCACCGUCGAGUCCUUCGGCGGCGACGUGCAGGCGCCCAUGCAGGCCAUGCCGCUCCCGCCGUCGUUCGAGCCUGACCUGUUCCACCGCGCGGCGGCCGCGGGCGCCGGCGCCGGCCCAGGUGGCGUGGGCUUCCCGUUCAACAGCUACCCCGUGACCCACCCGUACUAUUUCUUCGGACAGGCUGCGGCUGCUGCCGCGGCCGCGGGGUGCCGCAUGCUCAAGCUGGCGCCGACGGUCACCGUGGCGGCCGUGGCGCAGAGCGACUCCGACUCCUCGUCGGUCGUAGAUCUGGCGCCCUCGCCACCUGCCGUGUCGGCACGGAAGGCCCUCGCGUUCGAUCUUGAUCUGAACUGUCCUCCGCCGGUGGAGGCCUAGUCGCCGGAGUUUAGCUGAUGACUGUCAGUAGUUUCUUCGUCUUUUUUUUUCCGUGGAAGAAAAUUCCGUGCACUUACUAUGCUUUAGGCUUGCUUAGCAGAGGGAGGACUUUUUUGUAAAUAGUUUUUCCGCCGGGGACUUAGCUUUAGCAGAAGAUAAAAGCUGUAGACGUAUUGUCACCCAAGACAGGUCCUGCCGGCGUUGUUGUGGACCGGAUUAUAUAUUAUGUAAUUUGAUGGUCAUGAGAAACUACUUAGAAAAUCCAAAAAUUGUAUUUUAUCCAAAAAUGAAUAAUCUGAUAUUCACCAUCCA